GUCAUCGGCGCGCGUCCCCUGUGCGCGCCAGAGGCGGAGCGGAGCGCGCAAUGAUGACGUAACUGAGGCCACCUCAAUGUCUUCGGCUAGAAGGAGGCGCAGGCAGAAGGGUGUCUUGGAGGGAGAGAAGUGGAAGCGGACACUCAGGGCGUUGAUGUUUUCACUGGGCUGCUAGAUACCUGCAGUAAUGGGAAGAAGUUACUUUGUAGAAGAAGCGGUGGGACAGUAUCUGUCAGAUCUCAUCACCACGUCAAAACCUUUUAUCACUGGUCUCUUAGUGGGACAGUGCUCCCAGCAAAGAGACUAUGUCUUGCUAGCCGUUCGAACACCUCCAAAGGAGGAGGAAAGUAAAGACAGCACAGGUUACCACUCAAACGUAACUAAUAUUGAUGAGGAAUGGAUGGCAGCACAUGCCAAUCAGGUUUCCAGAAUGCUUCCUGGAGGAUUGCUGAUUCUUGGUGUUUUUACUGUUGCUGUUCCAGAGCUGGUAAAGGAGGUACAAACUACUCUGCGGAAGCUUGUUUUCUCAGUAGAAAAGGCUGUAGCUAGAAAGCGAUUGUGGAAUAUAUCAGAAGAUGAUGUUUCAGAUAGGGUGGCUCUUCAUCUUUGUUCAGCUACAAAGAAACUCACUUGCCGUACCUAUGAUGUGCAAGAUCCAAAGAGUUCAGCUAAACCAGCAGAUUGGAAAUAUCAGAAUGGCCUCUCUACUUCUUGGCUGUCUUUAGAAUGUACAAUCAAUGCUAACAUACACAUCCCUCUGCCAACUACAUUGGCCAGCCAUGACCUAGAAAAAAAUACAAGGAACGGAUUAGCACGAUGGGCCAAGCAGAUAGAGGAAGCCGUGUUUUUGAUCAAUGAUCAAGUCAAGGAGGAUGAUGCUGACUUACUGGAAGGGCAAAAAAAAUCCGCAAGAGGAAAUGUGCCAUCAGCCAUUCAGACUCUUGAUGUCAGGGUUGUAACACAAUUGUCACAGAAGUCGAACUCCAGGUCCACAGCAGCAGUCCAGGUCUGCAGCGGUUCCAUAAAUCUUAAAGGUGCUUUAAAAUGCAAAGCAUACAUCCAUAAUAACAAGUCCAAAGUUAAAGAUGCUGUUAAGGCUUUGAAGCGGGAUAUUAUAAAUACUCUCUCAGAUCGUUGUGAAAUAUUGUUUGAAGAUCUGCUUAUAAAUGAAACACAAAGAACAAAAAAUUCCGAAAGGGAGUAUCAUACCUUGCCUUGCAGAGUGUUUGCCCCCAUUGCUGGUUCCAGUGUUCUGCUGUGUGAUUAUAAGUUUGGUGAUGAGACAGCCAGGGAAAUCCAGGAACGUUUCCUUGAGAUGCUGGAUCAAGCUGUUCAAACAGAGGAUUUAUGUACAGCCGAGGAAAUGAAUAUGGAAUCCUCAUCAUAUGAGAGUGUUUUAGGCUCCUCUCAUCCAAGGACUGAAAUUGACCUGAAGUAAGAGAUCAGGCAGUAAAGCCUAAGGGAAGGAUGGUGCAGUUAGACCAAACAUCUAAAUAUAAAUAUCCCAAUAUGUUAGCUUUUGAAAACGUGCCUGGUAUGCUUGUUUAUCAUUCCAGUGAUUUCCACUCAGUGGCCAAAGGACUAGAACUUGGAAACGAGUUUGCUUCUAUCCGUCUUGAAUCCCAUUGUGGGAGUAAGGCAGGAUAUAAAUCUUUGAAAUAAAUAAAAUAAAAAAAUGUUAUUUGUCUUACAUCUAACCAAAGGUUUAACUGAAUUUAAAACCAGAAUCCCAACAUUUGUUGCUGAAAGCCUCCUUAUGCCAUGGCCCUGAUUCAAGUCAUAGCUCCUUCAAGCAAAAGGAAUAUCUUGCCACCUGUGUUGUAAAUAAUAGGGACCUGUCUGAAAAGUUUGAGAUUGAAUUGAAAGAAAUCAUCUGUAAAUUAGCUAGCACAUUAAAAGCUAACAACCCCAAACUCCUAAUUGCAAUUGUUAUGCAUAAUUUACAUAAUCUGUUUUAAUAUGUUUCUCAUAGACAAUUGUCAGGCAUGAACAAGUAAGAUUUGCAUUACUAGCUGGCUCUGGUAAAUCCCAGCUUCUAGCAUCAAGGGGUUAAAUCCACUGAGUAGAUAAACACAAAUAGGAUUUCAGUGAGGGUAAGCUCUUCCCUUGAACUCAUUCUUUAUUAUCUGGUUGAAGAACUAAUGUGUGAGCUAUGCAACUGUGACUGGCAUUUAAGUGUUGUAGUUGAAAUGGUGUCCAAGAUAGUGUGCAUAUAUAUGUAAUUAUAUACUUCGGUCCUGUACUAAAAGAAUUCAGAGUUUGGCAACUGCAAAACUUAAGAAGGUAAAACAGAUUUUGAAAGUCAGUAUAUAUAGCCUGAUAUGUAGUUUUUAUUGUUGCUGUAAUAUCCUGCCCUUCCCCCAAAACUGGGACUCAGGGUAGUGCACAACAUUAAAAAAAAAGUACAAUUAAAAGCAUACAAAAUAGUACAUUAAAAUAGAAUUA